UACAAACAUCACAGUCGUAAAUUUUCAAACUGUUUACCAGAAAAUAAGCACUUAAAUUUUCUGUAGUGUGUUCUUCAACUGGAAGUUUAGCAAGUGUUGGUGUUGUGCCAAUCGAGUGUUCAGUGCAAAGGGUAUGGUGUUCCUUUUGGAUGACUGGGGUAUGGGAGAAGCUCAAUUCCUUCAGCAACACGAUGUAAAUCAGUUUCACCUCACCAUUGACCAUGAUGACGACGAAGUAUCUCUUCUUCCGCUUAACAACCAGGUUGGCGGCCACACGCGAAUGUUGUUGCUAGACCAGGGAACUAUUUGCAAGCCUCUGAACCCAAAGGAGCUUGACUUCUACCAAAACAUUCCACAAGACAUUCAGACAUUUGUUCCUAAAUAUAAGGGAGUGAUGCAAGGGACGAGCACGGGAGCACAGCUUGACAAGCGGUACAGUCCGAGCUUCUGUGAGGAGCAGACGCGACCAGCCAAGCGCAAAAGGGAGGAUGUGCUCAAGUUGAAGGUGGAGGGAGGAGAUGUCUUAAAGGCAGUAAACUCUACCCACCUGGACAACACUAACAAGCAAUACUUUCUUCUCCUGGAGAAUAUAACGUGCAAGUAUUCGCAGCCAUGUGUGCUGGACCUCAAGAUGGGUACGAGGCAGCAUGGCGACGACGCCAGUGCGGAGAAGCGAUGCAAGCAGAUGGCCAAGUGUGCGGCCUCUACCUCGGCCUCACUGGGCGUACGGCUGUGCGGCAUGCAGGUGUACCAAGCUGACACACAGCAUUACAUCAAGCGAGACAAGUACUGGGGUCGCGGACUGGAUGAGGCGGGCUUCAAAAAUGCGUUGUAUCGCUUCUUCCACAACGGCUACUUCUUGCGCCAAGCUGCCGUUCGCAAGGUCAUCGCAAGGCUGGAGAAACUGCGUAGAGCUAUCGAGAAACAGUCUAACUAUCGCUUUUACUCCUGCUCGCUGUUGGUGGUGUACGAGGGACAUCUGACAAGGACAGACUCAGCCAGUGACGAGGAGGAGACGAUGGACUGUGACAGUCACCAGCGAGGGUUUGGAGACGCGGCGGCGAGAGGCUUCUACCCCGUCAGCGAGGAGACCAUGGACGUCUCUAGCAGCCUCAUGAGUCCCAGUUCCGUUGACAGCUGGACAUUGUACUCUGGGGAUUCCCCAACAUCGUCAACCAUGGGAGAAUGUUCGUCUUCUGAAGAGGCUUCUUCUUCCUCUCUUUCCACAUUUGACCUGCUGACUUCUGCGACGCCCAAGCAGCUCAGAUCCUACCACACUGAGACUGAGGAGGAGGAGAGUUGUGAUGGUGACAAGCGAGGUGUAGACAUACCGUCCGUGCGGAGGCCAAUGUCCCGCCCUGUCGCCCCCGCAGACCCCAGAGUGGACGUGCGCAUGAUCGACUUUGCCCAUACGUCGUUCAACAAGCGCCGUGGCUCCACGCCGAUACACCAGGGCCCCGACUGUGGCUUCCUUACAGGACUCGACAGUCUUAAGAGACUUCUCACAGAAAUACUCUCCGAGGACAACGGCCUCUGAGGUUUAACUUAUAUCUACUCACGUGCGCAUUUACCAAUCAAAUCUCACCGAAAACUCAUUCGUCGAUUGUCAAUCUGUGUUCAUCAUUCAUUGUUGACCUGAGCCUGACAUUAAAAUAUUACAUUUCACCCCUAUUGUGUUAGUUCCUACUGUCACUUUUAUUAUUUAUUUUUUGCAAUAUGUCGCCAAAAUUUUACAAGUUAUUGACCUAUUUUUAGUUUAAGAUGAAGUUAUUUAAUUAAACUCGUUCUACGUUGUAAAUUCGUUUUGCCGCGUUUCUAUAAGUUAUGAAUAUUUUAUUAAAUGUUACGUCUUGCACCGAGAUGUUUGACUGUUAUUGUAAAUAUUUUUGACGUUUUAUGUACAGCGAGUGUGUCACUGCCGUGAGUACGUAUCUUUCUGUCGACUGUCGCGAGUUACACUUUUGAUGACCACAAGCAUUCCAGUAGUUUCUAUGUCUUCUUAGUGAGAACUCUAAUCCCUCGACUGUUUGGAACAAUAUUGAUCAUGUUCUUUUUGGUGCGUUUUCAAAUCCCUGCUGCUUUUCUAGUUCUGCUUUAUAGUAUAUAUUUUAGCAAUAUGUUCAUGUUACACUAAAAUAAAGAAUAAUUUUAUGAAUACUUCAUAGAAUUUAAAAACCGAUUGUCUCUUUCUAUAGUUGUUUGUAUUUACCUAAACCAAAUCCUCUGUGAUUUAGUAGCACAAAUAAAGCUUAAUAUAUGUAAUAUUUUUGUAGGUUGCCUUUCUAUAUAAAGUUAUUUAAAUUUGUACAUUUCAUGAGGUUAUCUGUGAGUAAUGUUUAAACUCAUUUGCAUUGCCUUAAUAUGGACAGAUUUGCUUGCCCUUUUAUCUCAGGAGCUUUUUUAGAUUAUAGCAACAACUUCUUAAAUAUAUUUAUAAAAAUAAAAAUAUUCUACGUCUGCUGAAAAAGUUUAAAGUAUUAUUGUUUAAAAAGAUAUUCUUAGUUUUAAACAAACAUUUUGCAUUGCAAAGUAAUGACAAAUUAAUAGUUUUGUUUGACAAAACAAGUAUUGUGAAAUGGUUCUGAAUAUGGAAGUUAAUUGAUUCUUUUGGUAAUUUUUCCACACAACGCGAAAUAAGUUAAUAAUUGAAUUUCACUAAUAGAUUAUGGAAUGUUUGUGUUUAAGAAGCAAUAACUUACCAAGCAAGUAGGACUAAUCAUUUUACCAUCCUACAAUGCCAAUAAACAAUCUUGUUUUGUUGAAGAUUCUUGCUUGAUUUGCGAUUUAUUUUAAAGAAAGGGAAACCAAGCUUGUUGGUGCAAAUGGGUUGUGUUAUUGCAAGUGUUGAUCAAUUGUAUUCUUUCAAGCAACAAUUAAUUUGAUUAGUUUUCGUUUUCAUGUUUUAACGCUACUUUAACCUUGGGUAGUUUUAAAGUGGGUGUAAUAUGACAUGGUUUUGUUGGGAACAGUCCCCCUUAAAUACAGUACCAACUUUACUUUCUUUGAUGACCAUAGAAUUUUUAAAACUUCUUAAUCUUUUUAAGUUCUUAAGCAAUCAGAUUUUUAAAGCCCAAUAGGAAAUUUUUCGUAUUCCUAAAUUAACAUUUUGUGUACAAAUUAGUUUAAGUGAAUCAAAUGAUUAUAUUACAAUAUAUAAUUAACAUUUAUUUGCUGUUUGUGAAUGUUUAUGAGUAAUUUAGUUUCAAUUUCAAUGUGCUUCUAUUAGUCACAUAAUAUUGUGCAGGCUAUAAAAACGUGAUAAACUGCAAAAUGAUAAAUUUGUCAAAACAAAAAAGAAUUAGAUUGAAAAAGUUGAAAUAUAAAGAACUUCAAUACUUUGAAAGGAUUCAAUUUAAAAUAUAAUUAUGUUCUGUUGUAACUUAUGUAUACAACUACUUGUAUACAACUCAUUUGAUUUGUUCAUAAAGUAUCGUUUAAAUAAACAGAAGAAUAAUUAUUGUGUUAUAUUAAAUUUAUAAUGAAAAAUGUUUAUCCUAUUUACUGUAGUAAUGCAAAAUAUUAAAUUUUUGCUCACUCAUGUUUAGGUUUUGACAUUACAAAUUAUUAAAUCCAAUGAGGUCUCCCAAAUUACAUAAUUCUGUAUUAAAACAGCGCAUUCAAGUAAAUAAUCCACCGAACUUGUUGAUUUGAAAGAAUUUUAAUGCUUUUGGUAGAGGUAUGUUUUAAAAAUUUUAAACCAAAUGCAAUAACUUAAUGUAACUUGUGUUUUUGUAAUCUGAAUUUUGGUAAUAGAAGUAGUUAUUGGUUAAUACAAAAUAUUUGUAUGCUUGUAUUUAAUCUGUUUUUUGGCGGAUUAGAGGAGGUAAAUUGUACCAAAUUCAUUUUCAGAUUCAUCAAGCACACAAAUAGGUUGUGAAUUAAAUAACGGACCAAGAAAUUGACUCUUAAGGAAUGAUGUUAAAUGAAGUUUAAUUUCUUCAAAUAAAUAAUAUAAAUAGCUUAAAUGAUAAUUAACAAGAUAAACUUUGCUUAAGUGUAAGUUUUUUUACAUAUUAAACACUUAACUUGUGUUCUCUAAGGCAGUUAUUUUUCUAGUAAUUUUGGCACUGCAUGGAAUACUAUAAAAACUGUAUUAUUAUUAUUAUUAGUACCUGGGGACCGAGCUUUGCUUGGGGAAAAUCAUUCCCCCACUCUGCGAUGCCAGCCUUUACUACUUCCUUCACCAUUUCCUACGUCAUGGCAUCCAUUUCCCUCCCAUCCCAUAGCAUUUUAGGAUUGUAGAUACCUUAAUCUAAUCGUCAUAAACAGUUCCCACACUCCGGACUACCGUACUUUAAUUUACUACCGUACUCCCUUCCCCACUUCCUACGUCGUGGACCUGUUUCCCUCCCAUCCCAUGGCAUUUUGGGAUUGUAGAUACGUUAAUCUAAUAGUCAUUAAUAUUUCCCACUCCCAUCACCUUUACUACUUCCUUCACCACUUCCUACGUCGUGGACCUGUUUCCCUCCCUUCCCAUAGCAUUUUAGGAUUGUAGAUACCUUAAUGUAAUCAUCAUCGAUAGUUCCCCCACUCCGGACAGCAGCACGCCUUGACUACUUCCCUCACCACUCCCUACGUCACCGACCUGUUUCCCUCCCUUCCCACGGCAUUUUAGGUUUGCAGAUACCUUAAUCUAAUCGUCAUAAACAGUUCCCACACUCCGGACUACCGUACUUUAAUUUACUACCGUACUCCCUUCCCCACUUCCUACGUCGUGGACCUGUUUCCCUCCCAUCCCAUGGCAUUUUGGGAUUGUAGAUACGUUAAUCUAAUAGUCAUUAAUAUUUCCCACUCUCCAGACUGCUCACCUUUACUACUUCCUUCACCACUUCCUACGUCGCGGACCUGUUUUCCUCCCUUCCCAUAGCAUUUUAGGAUUGUAGAUACCUUAAUGUAAUCUUCAUUAAUAGAUCCCAUACUCCGGCCAGCUUGCCUUGACUACUCCCUUCCCCACUUUCUACGUCGUGGACCUGUUUCCCUCCCAUCCCAUGGCAUUUUGGGAUUGUAGAUACGUUAAUCUAAUAGUCAUUAAUAUUUCCCACUCUCCAGACUGCUCGCCUUUACUACUUCCUUUACCACUUCCUACGUCGCGGACCUGUUUCCCUACCUUCCCAUCGCAUUUUAGGAUUGCAGAUACCUUAAUCUAAUCGUCAUAAACAGUUCCCACACUCCACACUGCUAGCCUUUACUACAAUCAUAGGGAAAAAAGUCCUGCUACAAUGUAUCGAGUAAUCUUCAGUAUAAUCUUUGCUCAAUAGUAACAACUGAUGUUUUUCCUUUUGUACUGUAUUUUGUAAUUGCGCUAAAAUACUGUGGAUAGACUACGUACAAGUCUUUUGUUCACUUUUUCCUUGUUAUUCAAUUCAACCAACAUGGUUACUUAGCAACCCAUAAGACUAAUGUUAAAAAAAUGUGACUUUCAGUUUCAUUUUUCUACGUAAUUAGAUUUUUGUUGGCAGUUCUUAGUGCAGUAAACUCGUUUUUAGGCCAAAAAUAAGCUAUUUACAAGAUUUGGAGAAAAUCGUCGGAGCCGUUUUCGAGAUCUUUCUGCAAGCAAGCAUACAUACAUACAAGCAAACAUUGCUCGUAUUAGAGUAUAGGAUAUAUUUCACUGGGUUAACUAAUUAUUGAUAACCAAAACAAACAAAAAAUGGGGCAACUCGCAAGAAUGUUGAGCUUUCUAAAGACAAUUUAAACAGCAAUUUUUAAAUUAUUCACUAUUUAGUCACAUUACCUCAGUAGUUACCUUUUAUUAAUUUAGUUGAAAUGUAAAAAUUGAACAAUUUAUUCUUUAACAUCCAUUCUUUGAGAGUCAAUUUAAAUAAGUGUAUUAAUAUGUUUUAUGUGUAUCAUAAAUGUAGCUUUAUCUCUACAGUAUUGUAAAUUUUAAUGUGUACAUUAAAUAAAAUUUAUUGAUGAAUA